GAGGUCGGUACGGAGAGUGCAGUGGACCGGGGAAAGUCAACGAAGUCUUUUUUGAUGUCGUUUUUUGAAGCUGAUGAUCACCACAGUGUGGAAGGUCUUGACACCUUCAACGCCUGUUAUGGGGGAACCAAUGCAUUUUUUAGUACAACAAAUUGGAUUCAAGGUCAAGGAUGGAAUGGUGAGUAUGGUGUUGUGAUUUGUUCCGACCCUGCUGUGCAUCCAGAUCCAGCUCAGAUUUCAGGUAUUGGGGCGUCUUCGAUGGCAAUGACAAUAGCUCCACGUGCUCCUUGUUUUUUGUAG